AGAAAUAUAAUAAAAGAGGAAAAAACCAUAGACAGCCCUUCCCUUCCCUUAGCUUGUGGCUUGAGCCUCACAGCAUCUGUCCUUGGGUUUUUCUGUUUUUUUUUUGGCCUAAAAAUACACUGCCCAACACCACUCUCAGUUCUUCUCUGCCACUCCAAUUCCAGCAAAUCCAAUCUUUCAGUUUUCUUUUCAAAGUAAAAAUAAAAAAGCUAAUAAUAACAAAAUACUCCUACUAAUAAUUAUUCUUAGCCAAAACCCAGAUUUCAUAGUAUUUCUUCUCUCCUAUACCAGGCUCUUUACCUCUCUUAUCCCAUCACCUUCAACAUCAACUGCAACUUUCUUUGAAUCUUUUUGUGAAGUUUUUCUUUCUGCUUAUUUUAUUUAGUUUAUUUUUCUUAAAAAGACGCUCACGUUGAUGGAGGAAAUGUACGGAUUCCACUCCACGGGAGAGUACGCUGACAAGGCCUUGAUGUCACCGGAAAACCUGAUCCUUCCUUCUGAGUACCAAGCUUGGCUUUGCUCUUCGGGUCGGAUUCCCAUGUUUGGAUCCGACGAGUUAAUCUCUGCUGCCUCUGCCGUAUCCGAAGCUGCGUCCAUCACCCCUGAAAUCCAACGAGAAGAAGACAUGUCAAGCGUGAUCAAAGCCAAAAUCGCUUCCCAUCCUUCUUAUCCUCGUUUGCUCGAAGCUUAUAUUGAUUGCCAGAAGGUUGGGGCGCCCCCGGAGGUAGCCAGUAUAUUAGAUGAAAUUCUGAGAGAGAACGAUGUUAACAAGCGGGAUAUCGUGCCAACCUGCUUGGGAGCCGAUCCUGAGCUCGACGAGUUCAUGGAAACUUACUGCGAUAUGUUGGUGAAAUACAAAUCUGAUCUUUCAAGGCCUUUUGAUGAAGCGACCGUCUUUCUAAACAAGAUUGAAAUGCAGCUUCGAAAUCUCUGCACGGGUGCCUCCAUUCAAGGCGCUUCUGAUGAAGGUGCGGCAUCGUCAGACGAAGAUCUUAGCGGUGGGGAGGUAGAUGCACAAGAAGCUCAGCCCAGAAGUGAAGACAGAGAUCUCAAAGACACGCUGCUUCGUAGAUUUGGCAGUCACAUUAGCACCUUGAAGCUGGAGUUUUCAAAGAAGAAGAAGAAAGGAAAGCUACCAAGAGAAGCAAGACAAACGUUGCUUGAUUGGUGGAAUGUUCACUACAAGUGGCCAUAUCCAACGGAAGCGGAUAAGAUAGCAUUGGCUGAAUCAACGGGACUAGACCAGAAGCAAAUCAACAACUGGUUUAUAAAUCAAAGAAAGAGGCACUGGAAACCAUCUGAGAGCAUGCAAUUUGCAGUUAUGGAUAAUCUGUCUGGACAAUUCUUUACAGAGGACUAAGGGGGCCAAGCACAUUCUCAAAUGUAUAUCCAGAUCAAUUAUACUUUUUUAAGUUAGCUUGUUUUGCCUUCCAUUCCAUGUAUAUUUUGAAUGCAAAUGUAUUGCCAACUUCACUAAUAUUGGAAUAUGCUUAUUUCAUGGGAAAGAAAAUAAUUGUAAUUCAUUCCAUAUAUUCCCCCAUCGUAAUCAAAUACUUUUG